AUGGGUCUGUCGGAAGUGUUAGCUCCUCAAAGAGUCGGUAUUGUAUUUCAGUUUCCUGAGAGGUACUUCUUAUCAGAUACUAUACUUGAAGAAGUUACUUUUGGAUGGCCAAGGCAAAAGGCAGACAUUCCUUUGAGGGGGCAACUCACUUUAAAACUUCAGAAUGUCAUUAACUCUGUUGGUCAAAGUGCCAUUUCAUUGGAUAAGGAUCCACAGUCUCUCAGUGGUGGGUUUAAGCGGCGACUUGCUUUGGCAAUUCAACUGGUUCAAACUCCUGAUUUAUUGUUGCUUGAUGAGCCCCUCGCUGGACAUGAUUGGAAAGCUCGGGUUGGUGUUGUGAAUAUCCUGAGGGACCUAAAGAAAGACCACACCAUACUGGUUGUAAGUCAUGACCUAAGAGAACUAUACCCGCUGGUAGACCGGUCCUGGAGAAUGGAAAUGGGGGUGUUUUGAAGGAGGAACCUUUACCUGUAUAGAUUAACAUUUUUAUUCCUCGGAAAAUUCAUAACGUUUUUUUGUGCGUGUGCAGCUGGAAUGCUGACCCAUUUGUUGUUGCUGUGAACAGGCUCAUAGCUAGCUAGGGAUCCUAAUGUAAUGUUUAUAAUGGUACAAGGCAAGUUGCAAAAUCUAUUAAGAGUG